AUGUUUGUGUUGUGUUUGCCUUAUUUUUUUCAGAAUUUGAGAUUUGAUUUCGUCACAAAUCUAAACAUAGAUCACAUAACAUCGAUUAACAGCAAAAAUCUCCACAUCAACCUCUUUGCAUGCCAAGACGUAAAAGUUACCAACGUUAACAUAUCAGCUCCCGCUGACAGCCCCAACACCGACGGAAUCCACAUUGGUUCAUCGUCCAACGUCCAAAUUUUGGACUCCGUGAUCGCCACCGGGGAUGACUGCAUAUCCUUCAGUGCCGGAUCAAGCAAGAUCAAUGUUAACGGUGUUCACUGUGGACCAGGCCAUGGAAUGAGCAUUGGAAGCCUUGGCAGGGGAAAUAAUAAUAAUGUUUCUUUUGUGGACAUAAGAAACUGCUCCUUUGUUGGCACUGACAAUGGAGUGAGAAUCAAAACAUGGGCUCCCUCUAAACAAGGCACUGUUUCACAUGUUUACGUUGAGAACAUUCGAAUGGAUCGGGUCAAAAACCCUAUAGUCAUCGAUCAAAAUUAUUGCCCUGCUCGUAGGUGCAGUCCAACGGAAUCAUCCCAAAUUCAGAUUGUAGACGUCAAGAUGAUUAACAUUUGGGGUACUUCAAGCACACCAAAUGUUGUUACUCUCAAGUGUAGCGAAACGAAGCCGUGUCAGAAGAUUCAGUUGAGAGACAUCAACCUAAGUUACAAGGGUCCUGAUGGACCGGCUGUAUCAGCAUGCUCAAAAGUAGAUGUUAUAACCGAUGGCAAACAAAACCCACCAGCUUGCACAAAACCUGUAAUACAGGUGCCCCACAACUUUGAUGUCCAAAAUGAAUAAAAAUUCCUUCAAGAACAAGAUUUGCAGGGUAAUUUUUCCUUCUGCAAGUCUUGAACCAUAUAUUUAUUUUA